CAGAGAGACAGACGGGGGACAGACUGAGGGACAUCUGUGAGAGGACACAGAGGUAUACUGACUACAUACUGCAUGCACUUUGAUUUGUACCAGGACGUUGUCACAGCAUCCAUGGUGACCACCAAACACAUCUACAACACCAACCGCAAGGCCAUCGUCAAGACACACGUGUUUGAGCUGAAGUACGUGGAGUUCGCUAAGGGGUUGGCCUGGAACCUGACAUCGCUAAGGAAACGGUCGGCUGCGUUGUUACGGAAACUGAACGAGCAGCGAAGCCACGUCCAGAAACAGAUAGAGGACAUGUACCGGCAAGAGGUGGACAUUGACAUCAAACUGCGGUCCUGUCAGGGAUCAUGCAAUAGGUCCUCUGCUUUCCGUAUCGACCACGACGGCUACAGGUCGCUGCACCGUCAAAUGACCCUCUUCAGUAACGCUACCGAGCAUCAGAAGAACUCUCCUCUGAAGGACAUCGCUAAGAUCACGCUGCAGCCGGUGGAUGUCGGUCCCCCGCCGUCGACCGACUAUAAAACCAUCCCCAUCGUCCAGAAGGAACUCCUGACUCAGUUUGAGGACCUAGAACAGAACCGGGUGGUUCUAGAAGAGGUUCUAGAAGAAACGGAAUGCCUGGGUUCUGAAGGGGAGAGAGGAACAGGAGAAGCAGGCGUUCCAGAAUGUUAAUAAUAAACUAAGACAGAGAUGUCUCCCUCUCUGUGAUGUCUUGGUUCGGUUCUGAUCUGAUGGAUAAACUGUAUGUUAUUAUGAACAUUUUGGGUCAUAUUGUAACCUUAUAACUUAUACUAAAGGACUGCUGUUUUAUUAACAUAAACUAUCAUUAUAUACAGUCAUAGCCACGGAAAGUAGGGGUGCUGAGGGUGUUCUGUCAGCACCCCCUCGACAAAGACAUUCUCAGCAGCACAACCCCCCCCCCCCCUUUCUGUGGCCAGGUAUACAGUCCUAUGUGUAUAUUUAUUACAUUAUAUUAUUACAUACCUCUG